UAAAAACAACAAACCAAAUAACCUGAUCAGCUUCCAAAAAUUGAUAGGCAAGCUACUAAAAAAUUUGGGCACAAUUGUUCUUUUUUCUUAUUUUUGCUUUAACUCUCUCCCUCAGAUAUCCCUCUUCUCCUUCUAAAACCCUAGAAAUCAUUUGUGUGUCUGGUCUCUCUAAUCUCUCACUACUCCUCACGCAUUCUUGACUAUGUAUGUCCGAGCAAUCAGCCUCUGAGACAAACCAUUUCACAUUCUCUGACCUCUUGUCUUUCCCCCUUCCUUUCUCCUUUCUAUGCAGCUGGAUUUGGACAAUAAUUUAUCACUUCAAUUGUAUUUUGUGACUUGUGGGUGUGAUUUUGAGCCCAAAAAGAUUUCUAUCAUCAGACAAAGAAAACAUACGGAGAAAGAAAAUAUGAUCUUGGUUUUUCUUUCAUGUAUAUAUGAAAUAGAAAAUAAUAGUGUUUUUUAUGGUCAUCAUGUCAUCUGGGAUUCUCUUUUGAAGAGUUGUUGCUCUAUUAGACAAAGGCAAGUUAUUCAAGGCGACCGAUUGCUUAACAUCAGCUUUGGAGCCCCUAGAAGGAAAGUGUGGCAAGGAAAAAUGUGGUUUUGCUAUUGGCCAAGUAAGGCAUGAUGAGUAUGUGGAGCCAAUAUGACCGUACAUAUUGGGCUGACAUGAAGAGAGCGGAGUUCUGCUAUGCUAUAUUUUAUGAAUAAGUGAGAAACUUGGUUUUAUAAUUACAUUUUAUUUAAAAGUAUUUUGUGAACUUUAUAUUAUACAUAAAGCUUUACAUUUUAUUGGCUAGAUAUAACCAUAGUUCUAUGAUAAGGUGUAAUAACGUCACAUAAAUUAUUAUUAAAAUUAUUAAAGUAAUAUGUAAAAUAAAGUUUUUGGGUGUGAAUAUUGUAUGGCUUAAAGUUACAAACAAUAAUUUAUCUAUUUUUAAUAAAGUUUUUGUAAAUUCAGAA